AUCUGACUCACAGAUGCAAGGACAUCACCAUAAGUGCCUGUGCUUUCAGUGUGUGUGUGAGCCACAGUAGAGACCUUGGUAAAACCCAAGAGAAAAAACAUCACAGCAUACAGCUUGCUUCACUGAAGGGGCAUUUUCACGAUCUUUGAGCUUUUAAGGUGUGACCGGUCUGGGACACUGAUGGAACGCCACUCCUUGGCUUUAUUUUCUGGUAAAGACAAUGAGCUGGAUUUUGUUAAGGUUGCUGGCAAGAGUUUUGGCAUCAACGAAGGAGUUGACGCUUUAAAACGGGAAUGUCUAUCAGGUGAAUAUGAGAAAUCCAUCUGCCAAGAAAGAAAAGAUGAGUUGAGGAUCAACAGUAAGCUUGACAGUGACUAUGAAAUCUCAACGUCAAACAAAGUGAACCAACUAAACCAUGACUUCCAGAAGAUUUUGGAAGUGAGGCAGAGGAGGAAAAUGAGUCAGAUCUCUGAGCACAAACAACAGCCAGCACCUGAGAUAGUGUCUGAUUUUGCUGAUGAAGAUGACUUUCUGAAAGCAGUAGUGGACAACAAAUUACCAAUGGUUGAGAGUUAUCUCGCCAGGCGUGCGGACCCAAACACAUGUGAUAGUUUCAAGUGCACAGUUCUUCACAGAGCGUGCUCUCAGGGGAAUGUGGAAAUUGUGAGGAGACUGCUGGAAACUGGGGCUUUAAUUGAAAACAAGGAUAAGCUUGACGCGACAGCUGUUCACUGGGCCUGCCGUGGAGGAAGCCUGCCUGUUCUCGAGCUGCUCCUCAACCACAAAGGCAACAUCCAUGCCAAAGACAAGCUCCAGAGUACUCCUCUUCAUGUGGCAGUGAGGACAGGUCACUAUGAAUGUGCUGAACAUCUCAUUCACUGCGGUGCCGACAUCAACGCAAAAGACAGAGAGGGAGAUACACCAAUGCAUGAUGCCGUACGGCUGAACAGAUUCAAAUUUAUCCAGCUGCUACUGUUGCAUGGAGCCAAUCCGAAACUGAAGAACUAUAUUUGGUUUAGGAUGCACACAGUGCCAUCUACUGACAUUUGGGAGGGUAAAUCACCCAUGGACAGCGUUUUGCAGUGGCAGAAUGGAGCUAAAACUAUCCUAGACAACUAUAAGCACAAUAAAAUCGAACAGUAAACGGGAGAUGCAGCAACAAGCUGUACAACAUUGUUGAGCAGAAACUGAUCUCCAUACAUGAACAGAAAGUGAUACUUUUAGGUGGGCUGGUGAUAUUCAAGUUGGGAUGGUAAGCAAACUUGUUGAAGGAAAUAAGUGAAAA